GCUGUAUUCCGUUUUAUUCGGUUGCAGACUGUUGAGAUACAUAGGUAAUGCGUCGGUCGGAUUUUAAUUAAACUUUUCCACGAUUUGAAGAGUAGUCAAGUAGAGAGGAACAUUUAUAUAUCUAUUAAGAAAAAAAAUAUAUAUAUAUACUUUUAUAUUUGUAUGUAUAACUAUAGAGGAAUAAAAAAAAAACAACAGAACAUUAAACUGAAAGUACAACAGCAAAAACCAGUUUAAAAUUUAAACAAUUUCAAAAUCUUAAAAAAAUAAAUAAUUUACAUAUCGUAAAAAUAAAGUUCAGACAAAAAUUAAAAAAAAAAAAUAACAAAAAUAGAGUAAAACAAUAAUAAAAGAAAGAAGGUGGUAGAUCAAAAAAAGAAUAAUAAAAAAAUCAAAAGUGUAUUAAAGUGAAUGUGUUUUCCAAAUUGUUGUUGCUACUCCGCGUAAAAAUAGUUUUUGUUGUUUGCUACGCAUAAAAUGUUCCUUCCUCGAUUCGAUUUCCUUGCCAAAUACACAAAAAUCAAUAAAAAGGACAAUUGAGAACAUAUAACAGAACAACAACAAUACGACUACAACGAGAGGGUCUUAUAACGGACAACGGCCUCAUGGAUUGUGUUAGUUCGUAUUUAACGUUACGCCAGUGUGGAUGUUGUGUAAAAAAUGUGUUUAUUUUUCAGCACUUUAAUAACAGAAUGUAAAAAGGAAUUUUGAUCCAACAGGAUAUAAAAUCACCAAAACAAAGUUGUAACAAAUAUCUAUUGUAAAUAAAGAUUUGGAAAUUUCCUUAAAAGAAAGUGCGUGUUUUAACAAAUUAAAAUUUGUGUUACAAAAUUUAUAGAAAAAAAAGAAAACCUUAAAUAUCCUUAAAAAAAUAGAGCUUCUGGUAUUGUGUGUAUAAGCGUUAAGUUGUGUGGUAAAGCUACCUAGUUUUCAAAGGAGAACACAGGUCGUGUAUACCAAGAACUGCGCUGAUAAACUCAAUUCAACCCCAGUGCAAAAACAAAAAGAAGAAUAAUAAAAAAACAAUAUAAAUAAUUUAAAGAAUCAACCAACAACCUGCUCAGCAGAAGAGUUACAACUCUUACCAUAUAAACACCAACCAACCAGUUUUUUGUGUUAAUCGAUUUCUUGAGCCCAAUUUCCAGAGUAUCGCACAUAGUAAUCAUGUCAUUACAAACUAAACGCCAGCACUGCUAUUUGUGUGAUCUGCCUCGUAUGCCCUGGGCCAUGAUCAAUGACUUCUCCGAGGCCGUUUGUCGCGGUUGUGUGAACUACGAGGGAGCCGACAGAAUUGAACUGGUCCUAGAUGCGGCCCGACAAAUGAAACGUCUACAUCAGGCGGCCAAACGUAGCCAUGAAAAUGGUGAGGUACAACAGUCAUCGGUACAACAGCAGCCCCAGAGCCAGCAUCGCAGUGGAGCGCCCAUAAGUGUGGGCGUUGUGGGUCAACAACAGCCUCAACAACAUCAUCAUAGUUAUCCUUCUCAACGAAUAGGACCGCCUCAGGCCACUCUAAUGGACUUUCCGGUGAAAAUGGAAGCUCACGAUGCCAGUGUUCGACCAGUACGCAUUUCACACAUGACUCCUCAUCACAUGUCCAUGUCGAACAGAGCGGUGGCUGCUGCUGCGGCCGCUGCCAAUUCUAACAUUAAUCCCUCCCAGGUGGGUGGACCCGUGCCACCUGCUUUGUCGGUUAAUCUGAAACGGCCGCCCUCCGAGGAGGAUGAACAUGCCCAUAAUGAUGGCAGUGGACCUUCUGGCAUUAAAAGGUCAGCCAUAGAUGAUCCUGCUUCACGACCACCUCUUACUCGUGGCGAAUCAUUGCCAGCAGCCGUCUCCUUUAUCUCAGAACGUUCUUCUGGAUUACGCGACAAACAUCAGCCGGUCCGGGCGCCCUCAUUUGAUGCGUCUACUUUUAAACCUGGCGUAUUUCCAACAUUGCCACAUCCGGCCGUUUCACUAGGCAAUUCGACGCCACCGGCAUUACCAACAUCUCAGCCACAACCACCUCCGCCACAGUCAAUAGCACCACCACCCAUGCCACAAUUAUCAACAACAGCCACCUCAGUUACCCAAUUAACUCAAAGUCCAAUGGCUAAUUUAAUGUCUAUUACAGAGACAUUGCCACCAGGCAGUCCACGUAACGGACCGAGUCCACCCGGACCACCACCGCCACGUACCGCCUCAAGAGGCAGUCAACAUUCGCCGAAUAGUUCGGCAGGUUCAUCAUCUGGUCGCCGCUCAUCCGGUUCACGUCACGUUUCGAGUACAACAGUAACCAGUUCCGAGGUACAGGCCAAUCAAACAUCAAAUGCUCCACCAGUGGGACCCGGUGGUUCAGUGAAUAAUGUGGGUGUUAGUAGUGCUGCGGCACCGGGACCUCUGCCGUCACAAGCCACCGGUCCCGAUGGGCAAGUGACUGGACCUACAGGUACCAGUGCUACUGGACAACCACCUAGCGGUCUCAGCAAUGCAGGCCCUGCACCAGCAGGCACAGCAGCACCUCCACCCCCUAAUACAGCCCAAAAUACCACCCUUAAGUGUACGCUGUGCCAGGAACGUCUUGAAGAUACGCACUUUGUGCAAUGUCCCUCAGUAAAUCAUCACAAAUUCUGCUUCCCCUGCAGUCGGGAAAGUAUAAAGCGACAAAAUGGUCUGGGCAAUGAAGUCUAUUGUCCUAGUGGUGAUCGUUGUCCGUUGGCUAACUCAACGAUACCUUGGGCAUUUAUGCAGGGCGAAAUCACGACUAUUCUAGGAGAAGAAGUCAAGGUUAAAAAGGAGCGUGAAUCUUAAUGUCCAUUUUACUGCAAAAAGCUGAGGCGAGCUUUGGAAAAAUAUUAAAUAAAUAAAAACAAAUUCCCACUUUUUUCCAUUUUAAAAAAAUGAUUGAGGGAAUUGAACAUCAACUAUAACACAUAAACAAACAACAAUCAUUUUAUUUGAAAGGCCUGAUAGAGAGUUUUUUAUUUUCAAAAAACAUUUAACAUCUUAAAAGAGACAGUAUAAUAAAAUUAUACUGUCUUAAAAGAAAGAAAGAAAAAAACUCCUUUUAAACUUAGCCUAAAAAACAAUUAACUCCUUAACGUUUUUCCUCUUGCUGUUAAGAAAUUAGUGUUAAUAUAACAAAACAACCAUUUUAAAAAAAGUUCCAGUUUAAAAGCAAACAUUUUGUUACACUGGAUAACUAAAUUUGAAUUGUUUAAUUUGUAAAAUUAAAGAAAAAAAUAAACGCAAAUUUGUCUUAACAAAAGCAGAUUUCUCAGAUAAACAGUCGCCCCAGUGGCUGCAGAGAACUUUGAUGUAAAUAUUAUUUAACAAAGAAAAAAUACAAUAUACAUAUAAUAAUAUUAAUUAUGCUUAGAGUUAUUUAAUUAUAAAGUAAUAUUAUUAAAAAUAAAAAUAAAAUAUAUAUUUAAAAUAAAAAAAGAAAAUAAAAUAAAAUUAAUAUUAUAAUAAAAUUAUUGUAGGACUAACUAAUUUAUGUCUAUAUGUAUAUGUAUGUAUUUAUUUAUAUAUAAUGUAUUAUGAUGUAUUUGUUAUUUGUAUGGAAUAUGAUGAAUAUCAGACAUUUUAAUAAAUGUUUAUGGUUUAAAAUACAAACAAAUAAAUUAAAUAUUCUAAUAAUAACAACAAUCACUUUAAAGAAAUACUAAUAAAUGUGUGACUAUAAAUGUAUGUAUUAAUAAUAAUUAUAAUAUUUAUAUUACAAAAACAAAUCGAAAAGAAAUUGUUAAAACAUACAAAUUUUGUAUGAAUAAGAAAAAAAAAAUCGUGUCCAAAUUUGUUUGUACGAUUGUAAAGAUUCAACAAUUUAUAGUAGCAGUAGUCGUCAGUCUACAUAUGUAUAUCGUUAGCAGUUGGAAGUGAAAAGUGAACUAAUUCUGUUUGGUGAACUUUUUUUUGUAUUUGAAAACUGAAAACUAUAUUGAAAUAAAAAAAUCUUUUGCUGACCGACUACUGAAGAAAAAUCAUACAAACUAAGCCCAGACAAAAUCCAAUAUGAAUAUACAAUUCAUGUAUGUAUGUAUUUUUAUAGCCAUAAUGAAUUAUCCUUUUUGCAAGAGGGUUCAUUCGAAAUUUUGUAAAUUUUUUUUUUGGUAGUUGUAACUAAUUGUAGCUCUAGUUAUUGUAGUCCAGUAGUUCCGGAAAAUUAAACAAUCCCAUAAAUAUGUAAUGUACACAUUUAAACACACACACACACACA